AUGCUGUUGCUGUUGCUGAAGGAGUCCCGCACCGGUGCCGCCUCUCCCCUUCGCCUCUUCGUCACCGCCGCCGCCGCCGCCGCCGCUGCCGCCGCUGCCGCCGCCGCCGCCGCUGCCGCUGCCGCUGCCGCCUCAGUCUCCUCCGUUGGGAUGGGUGUCUUCCGUCUGACCUCGCUCCUCCUUCAGGAGGUCCCCUUCCAAUCGGAGCUCCUCACCCCGUCGAAGGGCAGUCUGCGUGUUUUGCCCAUCGAUGUCGGCAGCCUGGUGUAUGAGCUGUGCCAGAAUACCAACCUGUAUGAGGGUCAAACUCGAAGCCUGGCCUUCGACCCGCCAUUGAUUGUCCCAUACCUGAGUGCGCUCAUUGAAUGGCUGUCUCACCAUCAGAUCUACCCUGUCUUCGUGGCCGACGGCAUGAAUGCCCCCGAGAAGAGCGCAACUGUGGCUGGGCGCUUUGGCCAGAAGACUCAAAAUCUACGCCGCGCCCUAACCAAGUACACGGACGGCUACCAGGCGGCCCCCGACCGUGACGUCUCGAGCCUCCUCCUUGGGAUAAGUGAUGACUCCGACUUCCUUGUGCAUGGGUUUGGCCAAGCCAAAAUCAGCUCCAUCUUGCGGCAGCAAUUCGUGCUCAAGUCCAAUGGCUUUGAACAGCCUGCCUUCUUUGCAGCCAGGUCCUACCGAGCACCCAUUCGGGCGAUGGCGCUCUUUUCCUCCAGACUGGCCUCUUCCCUUCGAACAACCCAUACCAAGCUUGCCUGGCUGCCCUUGAUCAUGGGCGCGGACUUCGGGCCGCCCGAUGGCCGGGUCUUCACCCUGCUCUUGCCACGUUACCAGCCGAAUGGGGCGCUGGCCAAGCGCCUCAGGAAAUACUCCGCCCUUGUGGCCUCCUGCUAUGUGGACCAGACAGCCCCAUGGCCCUGGCCCAAGCUCGGCGCCAAGCCCAACUGGAGGGACAUCCUGUCUGACAAGACACUGCCGUUGGACGUCCUACGGGAAGUGCUGGCCGCCCUGCCGGAGCCAAGUCAGUUGGCGGAGUUCCUCGAUGACCCGAUGGCCUCGCCGCCGGAUGUCCCGCAUGAGGUGCUGCUCGCCAUGCUGGAGCACCGGAGCCACUUGCCUCCGGUCUUGGCGUACUUGCGCCGGUGUGCCGGCCCGGCGGCCCUCAUGCUGAAGGAUUCUGUUCACAGGACAUCCCUCGACGGCGCGCUCGCCCAACAGCAGGACCCCCAAGUCCUGAAGUGGCUUUUUGAUGGGGUCCUCCUGUGCCUGGGUCUUUUCGGGGCGCAGACGGUCCUCGGCCCGGAGGAGGAGCCGCUGUUGAGAUUCUUCACCGAGCUGCGUUCCUUCCUGGUGUCCGAUCGUGUGAUCAGUCCCUGGCAUCCAUGGUGCAUCCUGGCCAAGCGCCCGGCGCCGGCAUUGGCGCCGAAGCCGCCCGGCAUCGCGGCCGCCCGGCUGGCAGCAGGCUCGGCCGCUUUCAUGGAGGGCGCCGAGGAGGGCCCGGGCGAGACCCCGGGGCCUGCUUCCUCGGGGGAGGGCUCUUCCCCAGGACGCGGCCCGUCUUCCAAUGGCAUUUCAAAUUACCUGGUCAAGACCACUGUGCUUGAAGCGAUGAAGGUCGCCACCAAAGACUCGGAGGAGCUCACCUCUGCGGCCCUUUUGCACGUGGACCUUGUGGGGUUGCUUGAGACACUCCCUGCGGACACCUUCCAUGCGGCUGCGCAGACGGCCACCGCUGCCGCUGCCAAGAGGGCGGCUUGGCUUGCUCUCCAGGAAAAGGAAGCGAAAAAGGCCGCGCUCAAGGCCGCCGCGGCCAAGGCCGACGACACCAACAAGGAUACCGCCUCCAGGAAGAAGGCCAAGCGCAAAGGCAAGAAGGCCCCUGCACAGGCGGCCGAGCCUCCAAAUCCCCCGGCCAUGGUGGAGUCUCCUCCAGUGCCGGCGAAGAUCACCCCGAGGGCUGCAACCCGAGCCGGCGAGAGGGCCGGCAGGAAGGCCGGCGAGAAGGCCGGCCACGAGGCCGACAUGGCCUCCCUGGCGGAGAGCAUCAUCGAGGCCGCGGCCGAGGCGGGCACACGUGCUGGCGUAAAUGUGGGCAGGCGCAUGGGCGCGCGGGCCAAUGCGAAGGCCGUCGCCCGGGCAGUGGCCCGGGCUGGUGCCGAGGCCGGAGCGCGUGUCGGUGCCAAGAUUGGCGCGCGAGCCGGCGCCCAGGCCGGGGCCCGGGCCGGGGCCGAGGCCGGUGCCCGGGCCGGUGCCCUGGUUGGUGCCGAGGCCGAGGCGCUGGUGACUGCCCGGCAGGCCGACCGGGCGGCGGCAUUGGCCAGUGCCGAGGCCAAGGCUCGGGCCUGGGCUGCCCGUGCUGCCAGGGCCGGGGCCGAGGCCGGGGCCAAGGCCGGCAUGGCCUCCGGUGCGCAGAGUGCCGGGCAGAUCGGCGCGCAUGCCGGUGCCGAGGCCGCGGUGCGAGCCGGCGUGGUGGCCGCGGCCGAAGCCCGGGAUCGUGCCCGCGCCUGGGCCGCUGACCCCGGGGGUGGGGCUCACCCGGGGGUCGAUACGCCCGGGGUGCGCUGCCAUUGCUGGGACUCGCUCUAUCUGUCCCAGUUCCAGGCGCAGGAGUGUCUGCGGUUGCCGAUGUAUCACUCGGGCUUCUGCUCGGCGCAUGCCGAGGUGCCGGCCCCCCUGCGCUUGCCGAUGGUGGAGGACUUUCUCCAGGCCCGGGCGCGGGGAGCUCACCGGCUGAUGUUUUUCCUGCCGCACCUGCCGCAAUUGGACGGGGCCUCGGUGUGGGAGUCGGCGCGGCCCAUGCGAUGGCUGGCGUACACACUGUUGGCGCGUGGCCCGGCUGGCCGGUCCCAGGCGUCGGACCCGCGGGAGAUCCUCGAGCACCAGGCCUUGCCAAUGCCACCGGCCGGCCAGGUGCCCUUCGGGCCGCCGGCCACGGUGCGCACCUAUGCCCUGGACACUCGGUGCUCCUCGACGACGACCCUCCUGCAGCGUGUGGAUGCGGCCCUGGCCACCGACGACGGGGCGGCCCUGGAUCGCAUUCUCCUCGGGGCCGUUCUCCUGUCGGUGGCUUCCCUGGACAGGCAUUGCCUGGACCGGGCCCCGGAUGACAUGGAGCUCGUGCGGGCUCUCGCCGCCCUGGUGGCCACGCCGGCCACCAUUUCCGACAUCGAGUCCCUUCUCGGUGCGAUGGGCCUGCCGGAGGAGGCAUACCAGCCGGCAGCCCGGGCCUUGGUCCCGGUGAAGCACCUGGAAGAGCAGGGCACCGGGGUCCUGCGCGCGGCUCGACAUGCCCUGAUCGCCCAUGACGCGGCCAUCCAAGACACCAUCAGCUGGUGCCUGAAGCGGCUGGGCGUGGAGGCUAUUCCCAUGCGGACCAUGGGUGACAUUCCCUCGGCCGAGGAGGAUCUCACUGGCCGGCUGGCCCGGCGGCCUGACACUCCUCCCCUGGCGGGCCCUUCAGACACUGACUCUCACGACACCGAGCCCCCGGGGGUCGCCCCGCCCCGGUGUCCCAUGCUGCCGGCGGAGGGCCCCUCCCCUGAGGCGACGCCAGGCGCCGAGCCAGACUCGGACCCCGAGGCCGCAUCUACCAAGAGUUCCCAGAAGAAGGCCCAGCGGAAGGCCCAGCGGAAGGCCCAGCAGAAGGCCAAGGCGGCGGCCAAGGCGGCGGCCAAGGCGGCGGCCAAGGCUGCCUCUGUGGCGUCACAGAGGGCCAGGAGCUCGGCAUCCGCCGCCGAAGGCUCGCGUCUCCUCCCAUCGCCGGAGCGACUGCAAGCCUUUGCCCUGGCCUUGGCCACGCUUGAUUCGUGGCUGGAUGUCUAUGCUGCCCUGGCCGGACGCCAGUUAUCCCUCCAGUUGCAGCGGGGCCCGGCCGAGGUGGAUGUCUUCCAUGGCUCGUCCGGCUCCCUGGUGGUGGGGCGCCUCCUCAGUCUCAUGAAUAGCGUCUCGCUUUAG